UUCUGACUUAUUUAUUGUGCAUUUGUAAACUGUUUAGAGUAAAUAAAUCUGGUUAUCGCAUAACGAUGAAUAAUUCACAAUAUUAUGAAGAUUUAAAUGAAGAUGCUUCCAAACGUGUAACUAUUGAUGUUUCUUCUGACGAGUCUACGUCUUUAGAGUGUCGAACUAUUAGAAUUGGUUCACAUAAAUUUACUCCUACAGAAAAAGUAACAUUCACUCCAAAAGGGAUUUGUAUAGAAGCUCCAGUAAUUAAUGAUUCAUUAGCAAAGGAAGUUUUGCACAUUGAGCAUAGGGAAAUAGUUAAAAUAUUAAUACAUUUUGGUGAUAUUUCACCAGUUAUUUUUAUAUAUACUUUACCAUCGUGUGCUCGAUAUGUUCGGAAAAAGCUUUGUAUGACAAACCCAGGAUCUGGUAUUUAUUUUGAUAGUUGUGCUAGUGAAGAAAUAUAUAAAAGAAUAGCACUUCUACCUUCAGGAUUUACAGAGAAAUUUAAAGAGAAAAUUUCUAAAUAUUACGGAAAACCACAAACUAUUUUAGAUGAAUUGUCAGCUCGAGAAGCAGAUGAAAUUUUGACAAAAAUUAGCCAACGUGAAUCAGAAUUGAAUAGUGAGAUACGCCAAAUUUUAAUUUAUCCUCCUGGAAAAGGUGGGAUUCCUAUUAAUACUGAAGAUUAUGGAAGUCUGGAGCAAGACAAGUACUUGAAUGACGUUAUAAUAGAUUUUUAUCUAAAAUAUCUUUGCAAUGAAAUACUUUCAGAAGAAAUGAGGAAUAAGAUUCAUGUUUUCAGUACAUUCUUUUACACGAGAUUAUCUUCAAAAGUUGAUAAUAUGAGCAGAUAUGAUAAUUCUGACAUGGAUUAUUUUUGUGCUCAACAACAUUAUAACCGAGUCAAAAAUUGGACUAAAAAUGUAAAUAUAUUUGAAAAAGACUUUAUUAUUAUUCCCAUUAAUGAGAAUCAGCAUUGGUAUCUAGCAAUAGUAUGCUUUCCUGGGCUAACACACAGACAAUUGACGAGUGAAAAAAAUACUAACAAUAUAAAUAAAAGAGAAGGUGAUCAUUUGAGGUCUUCGGGAUUUACAAGUGAUGUUGAAUAUGCAUUUCCAACAGGUGGUUUUCGCAAUUUAUAUGACAAUGAAAAUGACAGUAAUAAUAGUGAAUCUAACCAAAACUACUUAGAUUUAGGCACAAAUAAAUCAGGAUCUAUUAAACAGCCAUGCAUAUUGAUAUUUGAUUCAUUAUCUGGUGGUGCAAUAAUAUCAAGACAACGUACUAUUUCUGUAAUAAGAGAUUAUUUAUCCUGUGAGCAUCAGUCAAAAUUUGGAACAACUGACUUUGAUAAAUACUCUAUUAAAGGGCAUUGUGUGAAAGUUCCGCAACAAGAUAAUUUAACAGACUGUGGUUUAUUUGUACUUCAAUAUGUAGAGCACUUUUUUAAGGUACCUAUCACUGAUUUUUCUAUUCCAAUCAGAGGAUUAGAAAACUGGUUUGAAACAAUUGUUGUGACUAGAAAGCGGGAGGAUAUUUCUAAGCUUAUCAAGAAACUUGUAGCUACUUACAAUGCAGACAAUCUACCAUUGCCUGAUAUUAUAUUUCCUACAUUAAAUGGCAAAUUAGUCGAACAAGAGACAUUAGAAACUGCAGAUGAAUUCAAGGAUCACUUUGCUGAUAUAGAAUUAGAUGACGAAUUCGCAGAUGAUGAUUAUAAUGAAUCUGAAUAUGAUGAUGAAAAUGAACAGAAUUUUGAAGAAGAUAUGUAUGAAACACACCAUAAAAAUAUGAAACGCAGAGCCACAGACAGUGAAUCUGAAUGUGAAAGUCGCAUUCGGAGGCGAUAUAAAGAAAAUAUUGAGGAUGAAACAGUUUACAAUGGUAGAGCAUAAUUUGACAUAUUGAUAAGAUAAGUACAUACAAAAAGUUGGCAUUCACAUAAGUAUAAUCAUUGUUAAUUUUAAGGUAAUAUUAAUUCACUGGCAUAUAUAUG